AUGUGCGGCAGAAAGGCGACAAAGGCACCAGCGGCAGAGGCAGGGAGGGGCAAGGGCAAGAAGGACAAGGCGGCCAAAUUGCAUGCCAUCCACUCGGUCAGCGCGCUCACACAAACACACACACACACACACGCACUGACCUCGUGAAUGCACGCUCGUUGCUCUAACAGGCGCUUGAGAGGGUUCGAAAGGGAACCGGCACACCCGCACCCGCACGUGCGCCGCCCCCACCCGGCCGUGCAGCCUCGUCCGUGUCGUCUCCACCCAUGGACGUUUCCCGGGGCACGUCGUCUCCAGUCUGGAUGCGGAGAGGGAGAGGGAGAUGAGGAGAGGCCGGCCGAGUCGCCACGAGAGGCUGAGGGCGAGGGUGAGGCUGCCGCAGCGGGUGAGGCCGAGCCACCUGCCCAGAUUGGCGAGGAGGCGGAGCAGCCAGAGGCUCAGGAGGCCGCAGGGGAGGCCGCUGCGGAGGACAUCGAGGUCACGGCCACAUCACUGUCGCGGGAUGGGGCGUACCUCAACCCCCAAUUCUCGCGACAGACUAUGGUGCUCUCCCGAAAGUGCAGGAGGCCGCAGGGGAGUGGGAGGUCGCAGGGGAUGGAGAGGCGUGAUGAUUGGCAGCGCUAUCCGAGCGAUGAAGUGCGGCAUUGCCGGCCCAUGCCGUCGCCGUGCGCGUCGGCUCCGGGCUCAAGUUCUUCAAGAUACAUUGGACCUCCUGCUGGAGCAGAAGGUCCUUGA